AUGGACGUUAAAUGUGUUCGAGAUAUAAUUUUAUUUUUUGCGUUCCUGGGAAUAUUUGGCCUAAAUGUAGUCGCACUGCAAUUGGAGAGAAUACACUGCGAUGGAAAACAUACUUUGCCCUUUCAAAACGUGCCAAUUAAGGAACGAUUAUAUUAUCCAUUACUGUGUCAGAGGUGCAAUGAGUCAUCACAACAGGUGAUUCUAACAAAUGAUGGAGAUGUCUUAGUCAUUGAUUUGAUUUAUGACAAUGUUGAGAAUACGCCUACCCUAAGUAAUGGACCAUUGAGGGGAAAGGGUAUAUAUCGUUUCCAAAAGAUCGCUUUCAAUUGGUUGGAAAAAUCACCUGAGGAAUGGGAUUUCAAUAAUUUUACAUUUCCAGCCGAGUUACAUGUCUAUUUUUACAAUACCAAAUACGGGAACUAUGAGAGGGCAUUGCCACAACAUGAAGCUGUGGCCAUAAUGUCAAUGAGAUUUCGUGUAAGACCCCAUGUCCCAAGCACCGGAUUUUUGUCAGUCAUCAAUGAUUUUGUUGCCCAAGUGACCACUUGGAAGACAAACGUCACAAUACCGACAGAAAAGCGUCUAUCCUUGGAAGAUUUUCUGCCACAAUCCCUUAAUUAUUAUUACACCUAUACGGGAAGCAAUAUAACCGUUUGGGCACAGUGGGAUAAAACAUGUCUAACAAAAAUUAUAUGGAUUGAUAUGGAAGUACCGCUAAAAAUACAUCCAAAUCAGGUCCAUGGAUAUGAAAAAUUACUAACAUACAGCGGGAUGAAACAAAUGUAUCCCUUAAAGGAAUAUUAUGGACCAAAAGGCGUAAUCUAUCGUUCGUUGAAUCCUGACAAGGGAAAUGCGUUUUAUGAAAUAUUUUGGAGUACAGGUGUCAAAGCUGCCAUAACUUCUGGUCGGGUAGUAUGUGCCGGAAAGCACAUCAUUCCAUACGACGAAGUAGAGGUUCAAAUUGAAAAUAAAACAUUUUCACCGCUGCUCUGUGAAAAUUGCGAUGAACAUAUGCAGAGCAUAACGCUGGUAAAUAAUGGUGAACAUUUGGUAUUUAAUAUAAGCUAUGGAGAUACCAACAAAAUACCCACACUGAGCAAUGGACCCUUAAGAGGCAAGGGAAAAUAUCGUUUUCAGGGAAUUCAUUUCAAUUGGAUUUAUAAGACACCCGAUGACUGGUCAUGGAAUGAUGUGAAAUUCCCCGCCGAACUGCAUAUUACAUUUUAUAAUAUGAAGUAUGGGAACUUUGAGGCAGCUGUAAAUGCGAAUGAGGGACUUGCCAUACUGUCGAUUAUAUUUCAUGUUAGAAAAGGCGAAUCCACGUUCAUGCCAUCGAUUAAAAAAGAAAUCUUAUCGGAGAUUAUUUACUAUCCCAGCAACAACAGCUUACCCAUGGCUGAAGCAAUAAAGCUUAGCGAUUUUCUACCAAGGUCCCUGGACGAUUAUCAUACCUAUACUGGUACAAUGACAUUGCAUAAUAAACCAUGGGUUUCCACAUACUUUUAA